AUGGAUAAACAACCGUAAAAACUUAAAAACAGAAAUGUGCAAUUCUAGCUGAACUAAUCAUAAAUUUUCAGUCAUGAGGAUUUUGACUCUUAAAAGUAAAAUCACAAGCAAGAGAAUAAUAAUUCAUUGCCUCAUAUAAAUUAAAAUCGAAGGGCAAGUAUGCUUGCUUAAUCUAUCCCCUUAGAAAUGUAGAACCCUAUUAAAGCAUCUCCCACUGAGUAAAGUGCUUAGCCAGGACUUAUGAGAAAAGCGACUCGAAAGGAAAUGUGGUUUGAUAGAAAGAACCAGAUAUUGAAUUAAGACAGCUACUAGUAGAACCAGAAGUAUCUAGAGAACUAAGAGUUUUUGAAGGGCCUAAAAUCCAGGAACUGCAAAGCCAACAUCAAGAAGUACAGGAAUGAGUUGGAUUAAAUUAAUUACUACAUGAAUCCUUACAAUGUGACCAUGUCUCUGUCUAACAUACAGACAAAAGUACACUAGUUCGUUAAGGAAUAGAAGAACUUGCAGACUAAGAGCAAUGAGCCUUAAAUGCAGUAUUAGAAGUUGAGGGAAUAUCUUAGGUUGAAUAAACAGCGAUUGUAUUUGAUUCCAAAGCAUUAGAUAUUUGAACCUGACGGUGACUCUAAUGGCCUUGAUUUUCAGACUUUCAAGCAAAUCAGGUAUCAAGAUAAAGAUGUGAAGAAAAUUAUAAUCUAGCAUGAAGAGGAAUCUCAAAAACUAUUUGAUUCUAUUAAGUCUCACACUUUGAAGUAAUCUCCAAUGAGAAUGCAUAAUGUCGAGCCAUUGAUACUAGAGCAGAAUGAAGAAAAACAAAUAACUGAGGAAAUUCAUAAGAAGUUCAGAUAAUUAAGUUUAAAGCGCUCUCGUGAUAAGUUUAACAACUCUCAUUAGCCAAAUUAAAGUCCAGGAAACAAUAGAUAUCCCAGCCACAUUGGAAGUCUGAAUGUGAGUCCUUCUAGAUUAUCUCCUAAUAGAUCUAUCUCCUUUCAGCCAUCAGUUAGAAAUAUCAACUAAAUAAACGAAAAAGACAAACUACAGAAAAGCUUGUUAGUAUCUAAUUUAAACUCGUUGACUGAUAUAUUUCAUGACUGCAAUAAGGUAAGAAAUGAUGGAAAGAAAUUGAUUAAGAAUUUUGAGGAUAAUCAUGAAGAGUUCAUGAGCCAUCUUACUAAUUGUAAGGAUACCAUAAAGGAAUUUCAAGUAAUGGGACAUUUAAUGAAUAAAUCAAUACAGAUUGCUUCAAGUGAAAGUGAAGAUGAUUCUUGA